AUGGCCAAGAAAGUACAUCCAGAUAAAAGUUUUGACCCCAGUGCCACUGAGACCUUUCAAGCCCUUCUUAAGGCUAAAAAUGUCUUAAUGGAUAGUACCAUGCGCAAAGACUUCGAUCAAAAACUACGUUGCUGCUAUGGCGAGAGCAGCUGGAAUCGCUGGGGCAAUAGCAAGCGAAGUGGCAGAUCAAAUGGUGGAUCAAAUGGCGGACUCGACGCCGGACGUAAUGGCGGCCGAUUCUCGUCGUUCAAACCUCAAUGGGCCUUUAUCGUAUUGAUAAUCUUUGUCUUGAUAAUGGCCUAUCUCUUCUAUAUUCCCAGCUAUAGCCUGAUUAGCUCGGAGAAGUUUCCACUAAAGUGCACGACCACUAACAUAAAGGUUCCAUAUUAUUUAGCACAGAAUCGGGACUGCUUCACGAAAUAUAAACCUUUGGGAAACCUGUGGGAAAUAAUGGUCGAAAACAAAUUUUGGAAUACUAUGAGGGAUGCAUGCAAUGCGGAGAUGCAUUAUCGUGAUGCCUCGUUGGAGUAUGCUCGCAAAAUGCAGAUGCCGUCGUGUGACAAGCUGGACUUUUUUACAAACGGAUACUAG